AUGCAAAAUUUUCAUUCAUUUUUUACAAAUUAUCCUCCACCAUCUCGUGAAUUAUUGAUAAAUGAAGGUUUGAAAACAUUUGAACAGAAUAAACUUGAUCAACAAUGGUUAAAUAACUGGAUUGAAAGAAAAAAACAAAAUAAACUAUUGUCAUCAUCAAAUCAAAUGACUUUGUCUGAUUAUCGUCAAAAAUUAAUUUAUCAUGCACAACUUCUUCAACAAUAUGAACAUGCGUUGAAUAAUUCGAAUCAUGAAAUUUUAUUUGAACUUAAAACUAAAAUUGAACAAUCAAAUAAUUUUAUCUAUGAUGAGAAUAGAAUUAAGAAUAUGAAAAAGAAAAUUCAGCAAAGAAAAUCUAAACGUAGACGUCUUCAACGACAAAAACAAGAGAAAUUUAUUGAUAUUAAACAGAAUAGUAUUGAAUGUGAAGUAAAUAAUGACAAAUCUGUAAAUGAAAAAAUUAAAGAUAUUAAUUCACUUAUUCAAACAAUUGAAAAAUUAAAACAAUUAAAAACUAUUCGUCAACAACAAAACGAUGAUAUUAAUAGUAAUACUAUAAAUGAAUUAACAGAAAUUCAUAAUUUAUGUACUUCGAAAUUACUUGAAUAUCAAGUAGAAAUGGAAAAUAAAUCUCAUUGUUCUCAUAUUGAUUUAUAUAAUUAUCUAUUUAAUAAUCAUAAUCAAUCAUUUUAUGAAUCAAUAAAUUCUUAUGCUCAAUAUUUUUUACGAGCACAUCAAAAUCUAAAUGAUUUAGUUACAAUACGACAAGCAUGGGAUCAAUAUUCUACUACUCAUAUUUCAUCCAUGGAUAAUAUUAUUUCAUAUAAAUGGCAUGAACCACAAUUACCAUCUGAUUCAAAUUGGGCUCAAUAUAUCUUUAAUAAUGAACAAUGA